AUGGCCAGCGAGCUGGAGGAACUCGUCAAGGCGUCGACGCGCGAGGAUAGCGAUGAGGAUGAUGACGAAAAUGCAAAGGACGGAUACUCUGAUUCGACCGGAACUGAUGGGCAAAACUUUCAAGUCAAUGAUGGCUGGCAGAGAAAAGGGACCAGGGAACUGCAACGCGAGAGGAGAGAGAAAAGCGAGGGUACUGCUUCUAGUCCUGAGACUGUAUGA